ACGUGGAUGGACCCUCGGGAACUCAGCGUGGCGCGAAUUCGUCGGGUUUCCUUGCGGGUGCUCCCUUUGAUCUGCCGCGUCUUUCCUGGACGCACUGGCUGCUCUCUGUACUUGGUCUCGUUGUACCUCGCCUGCUUCGACCCCAUCCCACCUCCCUGAUUGACCUGCACCCGUACUCUGUCCCCGCACGCCCGGCCGGGGAGCUGCUCGCCCCGUGCUUUGGAAGGCGCCUCUUAGCUGGGACCUAUGAGGACUCCACUUCCUCUUCCUUGUCUUGGAUGCUCCCGUGUGCAGACUGUCCCCGGAGAUGUUCCUGGCGCUGACUUCCCUCCGUCUGGUGUUCCUGCUUGCGUUCGGCCUGAUGAUCAUUGUGUGUAUUGAUCAGUGGAAGAACAAAAUUUGGCCUGAGAUGAAAGUGCCAAGACCCGACGCGUUAGACAAUGAGAGCUGGGGCUUUGUGCACCCUCGGUUGCUCAGCGUGCCCGAGCUCUGCCACCAUGUAGCUGAAGUCUGGGUUAGUGGGACCAUUUUCAUAAGGAACCUUUUGCUUUUCAAAAAGCAAAACCCAGGCAAGUUCUGCCUGCUGAGCUGCGGGGUCCUGACCUUUCUGGCCGUCCUGGGCCGCUAUGUGCCCGGGCUCCUGCUGUCCUAUCUGCUGCUUGUAUCCAUGAUGAUGUGGCCCCUUGCUGCGUACCACCGACUGUGGGAUCGAGCGUAUGUGCGGCUGAGGCCAGCCCUGCAGCGGCUGGACUUCAGCGUCCGUGGCUACAUGAUGUCGAAGCAGAGAGAAAGACAGUUGCGCCGCCGAGCUCUGCAUCCCGACCGGGCCACGGACAGUCCCAGCGACAGCGAAGAGGAGCUUGCUGCCUUCUGCCCUCAGCUGGAUGAUUCUGCUGUUGCCAGGGAAUUGGCCAUCACCGACUCCGAGCACUCGGACGCUGAGGUCUCGUGUACAGACAAUGGCACAUUCAACCUCUCAAGGGGCCAAACACCGCUCACAGAAGGCUCCGAAGACCUCGAUGGGCACAGUGAUCCGGAGGAAUCCUUCGCCAGAGACCUUCCCGACUUCCCUUCCAUCAACGUAGAUCCUGCCGUCCUGGAUGACGAGGAUGACACCAGCAUCGGGAUGCCCAGUCUCUUAUCCCGCGUACCAGCAGGUGCCGAGGAGCCCCAGGCGCCCACUGCCCACCGCGAUGAAGCCAUGCUGCUUGGUGCUUUGCCUGCAGGCUCCAGGCUCACCAGCAGCCUCGCCAGCCUGGUCUCACAGGGCAUGAUCCAGCUGGCCUUGUCUGGGGCCUCCCAGCCAGGCCCGGCUGGCCCCCCAACCCGGAGAGCAGCAAGAGGUCUCCUCCAGGCUCCCAGUUCAGACCUGGACACUGAUGCUGAGGGAGAUGACUUUGAACUUCUGGACCAGUCAGAGCUGAGUCAGAUGGACCCUGCAAGUUCUAGGAGCCAUUGAGACAGGACUGCUUUUGGGGAUCACUGUGGUUUAGGUUUUUUUUCCCUCAUCCCACUUAGGGUGACUGGGCAAAGACAGAGUACAGGUCCCAUGCCCUGAAUGACACACAUAUGCUGGGGGGCAUGGCUGACACACAGAGGCUGCCUUAGUGGGGGACACUCACUCCCCCGUCCCCGGCUGCACCCUCAUUUUUGUGCUCAGUCACUGAAGUAAAAGUGUGCCGCUUCCCCCAGGGAGGCUUCCAUCCAUCACGCUGGUACUUUGGGGACAGAGUAGUCAGGGACAUUGCUUCCCCUCCAAGGAGGUGCUGCUGUUUGCUCUUAGGCUCGGGUCCUCUGAGACCCUCGUGAUAGACAAGUCCAUCCCUUCCUUCCUCCUGUCUCUGCUCCCCGCAGCCCCAAAGACGGACAGCAGCCAGGCAGACGGGGUCAUCAUCUUUUAUUGAAACAGUUUGGUUUUUUCAAGUGAGCUUGUCCUUUGGUUCUGAUGCGCAGACCUGCUCCCCACGGCCCGGCCCAGCCCAGGGCUCCAGAGUACUGCUGUGAGGUUGAAGUGAUGUGGAUAUGAUGCAGGGAUGAGCCUCUUCCACACCAGCCCAGGCCCUGCAGGUGGGGGCGGCAGCUGGCUGGGAGGGGCCGUGAGCAUCCCAAGGUCUCAUGGAAUCUUUUGGAGCUGUGUGGUUGUCUUUGGUGCUGCUAAGUCCUGGCUGUGUUGGACCAUCACAGCCUGAGCAGUGAGCAAAGCAAUACCAUACCUACGUCUGGUCCUCGCGCUGCCCUGCUCCUCCUUUGGAGAAGCAGUAACCCCCUGGGGGAUGGCAAAGUAGCACUUUACGAGCGGCUCCCCGGCCCUCCUCCCCGGGGCCACCAGCUCCUCUUGCACCAGCUCCUUCCCUGCUUUUCAGCUGCUUCCCAGCGUGGCAGGGCCCCCUUGAUGGAUGGGCCCAAUCAGCAAGCUGUAACCAGCAGGGACCACUCUGAGGGCCACUCAUUCUGCAGUCCCCCUACUCCCCUGUGAAAUCAUGUAAGACAAACCCAAAAAGGGUGAUUGGCACUAAACCUGUGCCAGUCAGCUCAAGCCAAACCCUACUUCCCUCUUGGCCUCUACAUGAAUCCUUUGCUAAUCCUCAGGGACCACUCCCCCUUGACACCCCCCUACUUGGGUGAGGGAUGUUGGACAGAGCUCAUUUUCACGUGCAGUGUGCAGCCGUGUUUGCCCGUGGUUAGUGGACCGGGUGGAGCUGGUGACAGUGCGAGGGGAGGAGCCCGGAGUCCGCUGUGCAGUCACUCACCUUUGUGUGAGGUUAGGGGGAGGCUGCUUAGACGGCUCUGGACACCUGGACGGCUCCUCCGUGAGUUCUGGUGUGGGGAGGAUGGGAGGUGGGGAAGGAGUGGAAUUGUGUGUUUGCAUGAGUGUGUGCAGCUUCAGGCCGUGGGAGUUGGCAAGAGGGAGGGAAGGAAAGAGAGCAAAACCUUUGAAUGGUGUCUUGUACCUGGGGGGAUCCUGCUCUGAAUCUCCUUCGUCCUCCACUGUGAAUUGGGAGUGUGGGGGGUGGGUGCUGGGAAAUAAAUCUUGUAUGAGAACAA